AUAAAGUGAUUAUUUUCUCUCGGGUUCUUUGAAAAAGCUCGCUUGCGUUCUGGUUUGUGGCUGAACACGGUGACGUCAGUGUGGCAGUGCAGAGUCAGGCGCCGCGGCUCCCUAUAAGCCGAGGAGCUGUCCGGGGUCCUGAAACGGCCGAACAGCUCAUCCGGCGGACCGGGAGGAGCAUGCUGUGGACCUUCUCUGCCAUAUAAAAAAGAGGAAAUCUUUCAAACAUGGCAGAAGCUAAGAGUCAUCAGCUUGGAGCAGCCCUGUUUCUCAUCCCUUUAAUUUUCCUCAUCUUUGGAGCUGAAGCAGCUUCAUUUCAUCGAAACCAACUACUUCAGAAGGAACCAGACCUCAGAUUGGAAAAUGUCCAAAGGUUUCCCAGUCCUGAAAUGAUUAGGGCUUUGGAGUAUAUAGAAAAGCUCCGACAACAAGCUCGCAAAGAAGAAAGCAGCCCAGACUAUAAUUCCUACCAAGGUGUCUCUGUUCCCCUUCAGCAAAAAGAAAAUGGUGAUGAAAGUCACUUGCCAGAAAGUUCAAGGGAUUCCCUGAGUGAAGAUGAGUGGAUGAGGAUAAUACUUGAAGCUUUGAGACAGGCUGAAAACGAGCCUCAGUCUGCACUGAAAGAAAACAAAGCUUAUGCCUUGAAUUCAGAGAACUUUCCAAUUGACAUGCCAGCUGAUUAUGAGACUCAACAGUGGCCCGAGAGAAAACUCAAGCACAUGCGAUUCCCUCCUAUGUAUGAAGAGAAUUCCAGGGACAACCCCUUCAAACGCACAAAUGAAAUCGUGGAGGAACAAUACACUCCUCAAAGUCUUGCUACAUUGGAGUCUGUCUUCCAAGAGCUGGGGAAACUGACGGGAUCAAACAACCAGAAGCGUGAGAGGGUUGACGAGGAGCAAAAACUUUACACAGAUGAUGAAGAUGACAUCUAUAAGGCCAACAACAUUGCCUAUGAAGAUGUAGUUGGGGGAGAAGAUUGGAACCCAGUAGAGGAAAAAAUAGAAAGUCAGACCCAGGAAGAGGUAAGGGACAGCAAAGAGAAUACAGAAAAAAAUGAACAAAUCAAUGACGAAAUGAAGCGUUCAGGGCAGCUGGGCCUCCAGGAUGAAGAUCUCCGGAAAGAGAGUAAAGAUCAACUCUCAGAUGAUGUCUCCAAAGUAAUUGCCUAUCUGAAAAGGUUAGUGAAUGCUGCAGGAAGUGGGAGGUCACAGAAUGGGCAAAACGGGGAAAGAGCAACCAGGCUUUUUGAGAAACCACUUGAUUCUCAGUCUAUUUAUCAGCUGAUUGAAAUUUCAAGGAAUUUACAGAUACCCCCUGAAGACUUAAUCGACAUGCUCAAAACUGGAGAGAAGCCAAAUGGAUCAGUGGAACCAGAGCAGGAGCUUGAACUUCCCAUCGACCUAGAUGAUAUCUCAGAGGUUGACUUAGACCAUCCAGGUAUGUUCCAAAAUAAGAUGCUUUCCAAGAAUGGCUACCCUAAAACACCUGUUCGUGCUGUGAUAGAGGCCCUACCAGAUGGACUCAGUGUUGAGGACGUUUUAAAUCUUUUAGGGAUGGAGAGUGAUGCCAAUCAAAAGCUUCCAUAUUUUCCUGGUCAGUAUAACCGAGAGAAGGUUCUGCCGAGACUCCCUUAUGGUCCUGGAAGAUCUAAAGCAAAUCAACUUUCAAAAGGUACCUGGAUGCCAGAUGUUGAAAACAGGCAAAUGGCAUAUGAAAACCUGAAUGACAAGGAUCAAGACUUAGGAGAGUACCUGGCCAGGAUGCUAGUUAAAUACCCUGAGAUCAUUAAUUCAAACCAGAUGAAGCGAGUUCUCGGCCCAGUCUCAUCUGAAGAUGACCUACAGGAGGAGAACCAAAUCGAGCAGGCCAUCAAAGAGCAUUUAAAUCAAGGCAGCUCUCCAGAGACUGACAAACUGGCCUCGGUAAGCAAAAGGCUCCCUGUGGGGGCCCCGAAGAAUGAUGAUACCCCAAACAGACAGUACUUGGAUGAAGAUCUGUUAAUGAAAGUGCUGGAAUACCUCAACCAAGAAAAGGCAGAAAAGGGAAGGGAGCAUAUUGCUAAGAGAGCAAUGGAAAAUAUGUAAGCAGCUUCAUUAAAUGCCCUACUUUCACUCCUCCCACCCCCAGGACACCCCAACAGUUCUCUUUAGUGUGUUGACUUCUAUCCCGUUAACACUGUAAUAUCUUUACAUGAUAUACAGGCAGAUGAUUCCAUUUCACUGGGAUGUCUGCUUCACUUACUCUGAGUUGUUCUCUUGUGUAUUGAUCUGUGUAAAUGUUAUGACUUCUGGAUAAAAAAAAGUAAUUAUAUUCCUUAUUUAAGAAAGAUAUCUAUGAUAGUGUUUAAUAGUGUAUCUAAUGGCUGUGGGAUUGUUGAUGCUCACAUAUGAUAAAGAGUGUCUUAUUAUUCUCUUGAAAGUUUUUAAUAUUUAUUGAAUUAUUUUGUUACUGUCUGUAGUGUUUUGUGGAGUACUGAAGCAAAAAAAAAAUAAAGCAUUAUAAAUAUAUAGUUUUAUUUAUAAGGCCUUUUCUAUUGCGUGUUUUAUUGUUGAUUAAUAAAUGUUAUUUCUGGACAA